UAGCGACCCCAACCCGGACUGCUUCCCUGACCGCAACCCCUAACCCAGCCCAAACGCAUGGCCCGGCACGUGUUCCUAACGGGGCCCCCAGGGGUUGGAAAAACAACAUUGAUCCAGAAAGCCAGUGAGGUUUUAAAAUCCUCUGGUGUGCCUGUCGAUGGAUUUUAUACAGAAGAAGUCAGACAGGGAGGGAGAAGAAUAGGAUUCGAUGUCGUCACGCUGUCCGGCACCCAGGGGCCUUUAUCAAGAGUUGGGUUAGAGCCUCCACCUGGAAAACGUGAAUGCCGAGUUGGGCAGUAUGUGGUUGACAUGACUUCUUUUGAGCAGUUGGCACUCUCCGUCUUGAGGAAUGCUGACUGCAGCAGUGGUCCAGGGCAAAGAGUGUGUGUCAUCGACGAGAUUGGGAAGAUGGAGCUCUUCAGUCAGCCUUUCAUUCAAGCUGUUCGUCAGACGCUGUCUGCCCCAGGGACUACAAUCCUUGGCACAAUCCCAGUUCCUAAAGGAAAGCCACUGGCCCUUGUAGAAGAAAUCCGAAACAGAAAGGAUGUGAAGGUGUUUAAUGUCACCAAGGAAAACAGAAACCACCUUCUGUCAGAUAUCGUGACGUGUGUGCAGAGCAGCAGGAAGUGAAGACAUGUGUGUUCCUGCCUCCCAUGAAGGAGUGCCCAGUUCAAGAGGAGCCCAAUGGAGCCCUCCUGUCGAGGCUGUAUGCCUAUGGGGUUAUGGAACCUUGUGGGCUUUUCUAGAGAAAACUCAACAGCUGUUAUCCAUAAAAUGUUUAAAAGAUCAAAUUGGCCUUAAUGCUGGAUUGUCUGUACAAGAUUAACAAUCCAUUGUG